AUGCCACCAAAGAAGCAAGUCGAAGAAAAGAAGGUCCUGUUGGGUCGUCCAGGUAACAACUUGAAGGCCGGUAUUGUUGGUCUAGCCAAUGUUGGUAAGUCCACUUUCUUCCAAGCCAUCACCAGAUCUCCAUUGGGUAACCCAGCUAACUAUCCGUUUGCUACCAUUGACCCUGAAGAAGCCCGUGUUAUUGUCCCAUCUCCAAGAUUCGAUGAAUUGGUCAACAUCUACAAGCCAGCUUCUGAAGUUCCAGCCCAUUUGACUGUCUACGAUAUUGCUGGUUUGACCAAGGGUGCCUCUGCUGGUGAAGGUCUAGGUAACGCUUUCUUGUCUCACAUCAGAGCUGUCGACUCCAUCUACCAAGUUGUCCGUUGUUUCGAUGAUGCCGAGAUUAUCCACAUUGAAGGUGACGUUGAUCCAGUUCGUGACUUGGAAAUUAUCUCCACUGAAUUGAGAUUGAAGGAUAUUGAAUUCUCUCAAAAGGCUCUAGAGGCUGCUGAGAAGAUUGCCAAGAGAGGUGGUCAAUCCUUGGAAGUUAAGCAAAAGAAGGAAGAAAUGGCCUUGAUUGAAAGAAUCAUCAAGCUUCUAGAAGAUGGCCAAAGAGUAUACAACCAAACAUGGACUCCAAAGGAAGUCGAAGUUAUCAACUCUCUGUACUUGUUGACCGCCAAGCCAACUAUCUAUCUGAUUAACUUGUCCGAGAGAGACUACAUAAGAAAGAAGAACAAGCACUUGCUAAGAAUUAAGGAAUGGGUUGACAAGUACUCUCCAGGUGAUUUGAUCAUUCCUUUCAGUGUCUCUCUAGAAGAAAAACUAUCUCACAUGUCCAUAGAGGAAGGUGAAGAAGAACUAAAACAACUGGGCACUACAUCUGCUCUUCCAAAGAUUAUCACCACCAUGAGACAAAAGUUGGACUUGAUCUCUUUCUUCACUUGUGGUCCAGAUGAAGUUCGUGAAUGGACUAUCAGAAACGGUACUAAGGCCCCACAAGCCGCUGGUGUUAUCCAUAACGAUUUGAUGAACACCUUUAUCUUAGCUCAAGUUAUGAAAUACAGUGAUGUUAUUGAAUACAAGGAUGACAAUGCUAUCAAGGCUGCCGGUAAAUUACUACAAAAGGGUAAGGACUACGUUGUAGAAGACGGUGACGUCAUUUACUUCAGAGCCGGUGCUGGUAAGAACUAA